CCUUCAGAUAUUAUGCACGGCAAAACGUGAAAAAAAGCCGGGGUUGCCGCGUUAGAAUAUUUUUGAUUAAUAUCGAAUGACAGCGUAAUUAAACAAACCUAAAAAGACGGGAUGCUUUCGAGAACAAAAUUACUCGUCCGUGGCAUCGGCGCGGCUACAAAUUCAGUUUACUCUCCAAAUGGAUGCAACCCACGAGAUGCUCUUCGUGUUAUUCCUGUUAAUGCUGCACAAUAUCGGUAUGGAUCCAGCACGCCGGUAAACACAGUCAUUAUGUUUGUACCACAGCAAGAGGCAUGGGUCGUCGAGAGAAUGGGAAAGUUUCACAGGAUACUAGAGCCAGGACUAAACUUAUUAAUUCCUAUUGUGGACAGAGUAAAAUAUGUUCAGAGUUUGAAAGAAAUUGCGAUCGACGUUCCUAAACAGAGUGCAAUCACAUCAGACAAUGUUAAUUUGAACAUCGACGGUGUGUUAUAUCUGCGAGUGAACGAUCCAUACCUCGCAUCUUACGGAGUUGAGGAUCCUGAGUUUGCAAUUGUUCAGUUAGGACAAACUACCAUGAGAUCGGAACUCGGUAAAAUAUCACUGGACAAAGUCUUCAGAGAAAGGGAGGGACUCAACGUUUCUAUUGUAGAAAGUAUAAACAAGGCUAGUGAAGCUUGGGGUAUCACCUGCCUUCGUUAUGAAAUUCGUGAUAUCAAGUUGCCAGUGAGAGUACAGGAAGCUAUGCAAAUGCAGGUUGAGGCAGAGAGAAAGAAGAGGGCUGCGAUUUUGGAAUCCGAAGGAACAAGGGAAGCUGAUAUAAACGUAGCUGAGGGCAAGCGUCAGGCCAGAAUUUUAGCGUCAGAGGCUGAAAAGCAAGAGCAGAUUAAUAAGGCUAAUGGUGAAGCAUCAGCUAUGCUUGCUGUCGCAGAAGCCAGGGCAAAGGGAUUACAAGUUGUAGCUAGAUCUUUGGGACUAAAGGAUGGAAAAAAUGCGGCAUCCUUCAGCAUAGCUGAGCAGUAUGUCCGCGCAUUUAACAAACUAGCCAAGACCAAUAACACAAUGAUUUUGCCGAGCAAUCCCGCUGACGUUCCGAAUAUCGUUGCUCAGGCAAUGGCGAUAUACAAACAUGUCGCACCUUCUCAUUCCUCCCUGGAAUCCCAAGCGGCACAACUGGAGACAAAUAUCCCUCUCUCUGUGGACACAUCCGAUAAUACUUUUGAGUACUUCAGUGAUAAAGAGGAAGUCGAAAAACAAAAAAAUCCCAGCAAUACUUCCAUGAAAACGUUAUAAAAAGUGUAUACGCCAAAUAAAUAAAUAUAGAAUGAAAACGAA